AUGGCGUUAAUUUCAAGACUGAUGCAGCAGAAUUGUGUCCGCAACAUAAUGCUGACGACAACAUCGCCUAGCGCCUGGCGGCCCUUGAGCAGAGGACGGUCAUCAGUAGUCUCCCCUCUCAUGAGGUCUUUGCUUGUUCUGAAGAAUUCUCAAGAGAGUCUUCAACGGUUCAGGGAGGCCAGGGCCGACGCCUACGUCCUGGAUCUGGAAGACGGGGUACCGAAAGAUAAGAAAGAGUCUACCGUAAGGCUGUACGCUGAGGCGCUAAAGAGCAGGAUGUUCCGCGGCCAGACUGUGUACGUGCGGUUCAGUAACAUCACGGACGACGUCACCAGGAGGGAAGCAGACGCCCUCUGUCAUCUCGACCUGACGGGCUUCAUCGCACCCAAAGUCGCUUCUUCUGAUGACAUCAGGAAAAUCGAUAAAGUCCUGUCAGAGGUAGAGAAGAAGAAAAACUUGCUUCUCGGUCACUGCAAGAUCAUGGCCAUAGUGGAGACAUUGGAAGCACUUUGGCACACACCAGACAUUGCAAAGGCAUCCUCUCGCAUGACGGCACUUAUAAAUGGGAGGGCGGACAUCGCUGCUUGUUUCCAGAGACCUCCCCUGACCAGUCCCAUCGGAAAUGCUUUUCAACUCCAGAUUCUGCACGCCGCGAAAACGGCCGGAAUAGCAGCGAUCGACGCCGUGAGCUACGUGGACAACUUUCCCCGUCUGGAAAGUGACGUUACAAGUGGAAAAACUCUUGGAUAUGAUGGAAUGAUUAUUGUGCAUCCAUUGCUGGUGCCUUUUGUAAACCAGCUUUAUACCCCUACACGACAAGAGAUAGAGUGGGCCGAACAAGUCACGGCAGGAGUAAGGGUCUAUCAGCGAACACCCCAGGAGUACCGGGAGUUCAUUGGGCCUCCUCAUCUUUUCAGUGCUACCCACAUCCUGGAGACACACAGAAAGAUCCAGGAAUUGAAAUCAUCCGUACGUAUAAACGAUAGACCGCAGGGUAAAUCCAAUGAAAAUUCGGGCACCAUUAUUCCACUGAUACGGAAAGGAGGACUCACAGGUCACUCAAUCAAAGGAGGAGAAUGGACCACAGGAAUCGUACCUGUCACCUUGGAUUCGUCUUGGCGAGUUGCCUGGGACUCUUCAUUUUUCAACGCUCGGGGUGUGAACAGUUCAGACCUGACAGCAAAGAAGAUGGACCUUCCGGGAAUCCAGCCUCCCUUCCAUCUACUUGCGACAUUGGCGCUAUCUUUGGCUGUGGCAAAGUCCUCAGAAGUCGCCCGAUUUCAUCUCGGUACUUUCAAUGCCGUGCAGCUGAGGCCUAUAACAGAAGGAGAAACCGUCAGAGCUUACUUCUGUAUCGACAGUGUGGAGGACGCAGGGAGAAGCGGCAAGUACUCCGUGGUGACCAGCUCUCACAUCCUGGUCAACCAGCGAGAUGAAGUCGUUUUCCGGGCAACGAAACAGACCAUGUACCCAAAGCUGGCAGCUGCAAAGUUACAAUUACCAAAGAAGAGGAAGAGUGAGAUUCCCACUGUCUCGGAGCUUCGCAGACGCGUUGUCCAGAACGCAACAUUUUGUGGGAACACGAGUAGUCCGACUUUGGUGCCUAAUCAGUUGUAUAUCCAUCGAAUGGUCAAAGUCUUCAGCCCUACUGAAGCCAAGGGACUAGCUACUCUGAUACGAGCUACGAACCAACAUCACCACAACGUCAAAAAAUUCAACACAGAAGAUCUUUUGACAGCAGGGCCUCUGGUUGAGGCGGCAACUGUCCACAAUGUUACUGACGAUUUUGGAGACAUCUUGUAUCAAGAGGUUGUGGAGUCUUCAAAUGUGAACCGAACGAACGAGGAGGACAUGAUCGGUUCAGUCAGCUACAUCCACAGUAUCCAGCAGCUGGCAGAGAAUCCUAAUCUAGAGGAGGUGACCGUACGUACUCUGGGGAUUAAGAACUUGGACGUGGAAGAAUUACUGGAGAGAGAAGUGCCGGUGAGACUUUUCUCUGGAACCAGCAUGAAAACCAGCGACUAUGAGGAGAUCUGCAGGGAGGAUUUCCCCUUGCUCUACCGAAGGAUUGUUACUCAAGUUCUGUGGAAGUUUCUCCGUAUCCGGCCUAUUUCUUCUAGCGACGAGGUUCCCGCGGAGAUUCAGCCCAAAUUCUCCUGAUCCAAACAUUCGUGGGUGAACGGGAGGGUCGGUCAUGGUUGUCUUUUUUUAUUAUUACAACAUUUAAUGA